AUGGAUUGUCACAUCUCCAUCCUCCUCUUUCUCAUCUGCUCAGCUCGCAGCUGCUUUGGGGAACUGAUUAUCCAGCCUACCAAUGAAGUUAAUCUCCUGGAUUCAAAAGCAAUUCAAGGGGAGCUGGGCUGGAUCUCCUACCCAGCACAUGGGUGGGAAGAGAUCAGUGGGGUUGAUGAGCAUUACACCCCUAUCAGGACCUACCAGGUGUGCAAUGUUAUGGAUCAUAGUCAGAAUAAUUGGCUGAGAACAAACUGGGUCCCAAGAAAUUCAGCUCAGAAGAUCUAUGUGGAACUCAAGUUUACACUAAGGGACUGCAAUAGUAUCCCACUGGUUUUGGGUACUUGCAAGGAGACUUUCAACCUCUACUACAUGGAGUCAGAUGAUGACCAUGGGGUCAAAUUCCGAGAACAUCAAUUUACCAAGAUUGACACAAUUGCAGCUGAUGAAAGUUUCACACAGAUGGACCUAGGGGACCGUAUUCUCAAACUCAACACUGAAGUUCGUGAGGUAGGCCCAGUGAACAGGAAAGGCUUUUAUUUGGCUUUUCAAGAUGUUGGUGCCUGUGUUGCCUUAGUAUCUGUAAGGGUGUACUUUAAAAAGUGCCCUUUUACAGUGAAGAACCUGGCAAUGUUUCCAGAUACAGUACCUAUGGACUCCCAAUCCCUGGUAGAAGUCCGAGGUUCUUGUGUUAAUAAUUCGAAGGAGGAGGAACCACCCAGAAUGUACUGCAGCACAGAAGGGGAAUGGUUGGUGCCCAUUGGCAAGUGCUUAUGCAAUGCUGGCCAUGAAGAAAGGGGCUAUGUUUGCCAAGCUUGUCGACCAGGUUUCUACAAGGCCUCUGCUGGCAAUUUGAAGUGUUCCAAGUGCCCGCCUCAUAGCUCUACCCAGGAGGAUGGUGCCAUGGACUGCAGGUGUGAGAAUAAUUACUUCAGAGCAGACAAAGAUCCUCCAUCCAUGGCUUGUACCCGACCACCAUCUGCACCAAGAAAUGUUAUAUCUAAUAUCAACGAGACCUCUGUUAUACUGGACUGGAGUUGGCCCCAGGACACAGGAGGCAGGAAAGAUGUGGCCUUCAACAUUAUAUGUAAAAAAUGUGGGAGUAGUGUUAAACAGUGUGAGCCCUGCAGCCCCAAUGUUCACUUCCUGCCACGACAAUUUGGACUAACCAACACCACAGUAACAGUGGUAGACCUUCUAGCACACACUAACUAUACAUUUGAGAUUGAUGCAGUUAAUGGAGUGUCUGACAUGAGUUCAUCCCCAAGACAGUUUGCUGCAGUCAGCAUAACAACCAAUCAGGCUGCUCCAUCACCUGUCACAAUAAUUAGAAAGGACCGGACAUCUAGAAACAGUGUCUCGUUAUCUUGGCAAGAACCUGAACAUCCUAAUGGGAUCAUCUUGGACUACGAGGUCAAGUACUAUGAAAAGCAGGAACAAGAAACAAGUUAUACCAUUCUAAGGGCAAGAGGCACGAAUGUUACCAUCAAUGGCCUCAAACCUGAGACUGCUUACAUAUUCCAAAUCCGAGCCCGAACAGCAGCCGGUUAUGGGACCAACAGCCGCAAGUUUGAGUUUGAAACUAGUCCAGAUUCUUUCUCCAUCUCCAGCGAGAAUAGCCAGGUUGUCAUGAUAGCCAUUUCAGCUGCAGUAGCAAUUAUUCUUCUGACAGUUGUGGUAUAUGUCCUGAUCGGGAGAUUUUGUGGCUAUAACAAAUCAAAGCAUGGUGCAGAGGAAAAAAGACUUCAUUUUGGGAAUGGACACUUAAAGCUUCCAGGUCUCAGAACUUAUGUAGAUCCCCAUACAUAUGAAGACCCUAACCAGGCUGUGCAUGAGUUUGCCAAGGAGUUGGAUGCUACCAGUAUAUCCAUUGACAAAGUUGUUGGAGCAGGUGAAUUUGGAGAGGUAUGCAGUGGACGCUUAAAGCUUCCUUCCAAAAAAGAGAUUUCAGUAGCCAUCAAAACCUUGAAAGUAGGCUAUACUGAAAAGCAGAGGAGAGACUUCUUGGGAGAAGCAAGCAUCAUGGGACAGUUUGACCACCCUAAUAUCAUUCGGCUUGAAGGAGUUGUUACCAAAAGUAAACCAGUCAUGAUUGUCACAGAAUAUAUGGAGAAUGGAUCCUUGGACAGCUUCUUACGAAAGCACGAUGCCCAGUUUACAGUCAUCCAGCUAGUAGGGAUGCUUCGAGGUAUAGCCUCUGGAAUGAAGUAUUUGUCAGAUAUGGGCUACGUUCAUCGUGAUCUCGCUGCCCGCAACAUCCUUAUCAACAGCAACCUGGUGUGCAAAGUUUCUGAUUUUGGCCUUUCCAGAGUUCUAGAGGAUGACCCCGAGGCUGCUUAUACAACAAGAGGAGGAAAGAUCCCAAUUCGAUGGACAUCUCCAGAAGCAAUUGCAUAUCGCAAGUUUACGUCAGCCAGCGACGUAUGGAGUUACGGAAUUGUUCUCUGGGAGGUGAUGUCCUAUGGAGAGAGACCAUACUGGGAGAUGUCCAAUCAGGAUGUAAUUAAAGCUGUGGAUGAAGGCUACCGACUGCCACCUCCUAUGGACUGCCCAGCUGCCUUAUAUCAGCUGAUGCUGGACUGUUGGCAGAAGGACAGAAACAACAGACCCAAGUUUGAGCAGAUUGUCAGCAUUCUGGACAAGCUUAUAAGGAAUCCCAGCAGCCUGAAAAUCAUUACCAAUGCCGCAGCAAGACCAUCAAACCUUCUCUUGGACCAAAGCAGUGUUGACAUCACUACCUUCCGCACAACAGGUGACUGGCUCAAUGGUAUCCGAACAGGACAGUGCAAGGACAUCUUUACAGGCGUGGAAUACAGUUCAUGUGAUACCAUAGCCAAGAUUUCCACAGAUGACAUGAAGAAGGUUGGUGUCACUGUUGUUGGGCCACAGAAGAAGAUCAUCAGUAGUAUUAAAGCUCUAGAAACACAUACCAAGAAUGGUCCUGUUCCUGUAUAG